AUGGAUAGAUACACGUUUAGAAGGCUAGUUAACAUGCUUCAAACGACUGGACGACUAAGAGCUACAAGGAACCUGACAGUUGAUGAGCAAGUUGCUAUUUUUCUAUACAUACUAGCACAUCAUCAAAAGAACCGUACAAUGAAAACUAAUUUCUUACGGUCAGGAGAAACAAUUAGUAGGUAUUUCAAUAAGGUAUUGAGUGCAGUUCUUAGGCUUCAAGGUCAUUUACUAAAAGCUCCUAUGCCUAUAGCUGAGGAUUCCACUGAUGUCAAAUGGAAAUGGUUUAAGAAUUGCAUAGGAGCUCUUGAUGGUACUCACAUUGAAGUAAAAGUAUCUGAGAAUCACAUUAGAGAUCAUAUGCCAGUUGAUCCUAUUGAAACUCAUUACAAUGACAAUCUUCAAAAUGAAGAUCAAGAUGCUAUUGAAUUAGAUGGGGAGCCAAUCACUUCAGUUGAACCAACUCAAGAAUGGACAGAUUGGAGAUAUAACUUAGCUAGUCAAAUGUUUAAUCAAUGGAUGCAAAAUAGACAUGUUGCUUAA